AUGUCGGGUGAGAAGAUGGGCUGCGAAAGAUGCAAGCGGAGGGAUGAGCUCGACUACUGCAAUCUGGAUGACCGGGAGAAGCAUUUCCUGAUGUUUAUGGUGGAUGGCUGUGGUCGUGAGAUGACCAUCCCAGAAGAUUUUCUGAAACGAUUCAGGGGUGAGAUCCCAAAAGAGAUCAAGCUAGAAGCACGAAAUGGUCAUAUUUACACUGUUGGAGUUGCCAAGUAUCCAGAUAAACUAGUCCUUAGAGCAGGAUGGGAGACUUUUGUCGAAACCUACGGUCUACAGAUCGACGACUCUGUGGUAUUUAGAUACAAUGGAAACUCUCAGUUCAAUGUCAUAGUGUUCGAUCGAUUUGGCCGUGAGAAAGCAUCAUCGGUUAUUGCAGACAGUACUCCUCUGUCUCCUUAUGUGCAGGAAAGGCACAUAGGCGCUCCUGAAACUUUGGUCCGUUCUCAUGGUCAUUCUCUGCCCCCUGGAAUGCAAUCUCCCACUGAAAAUGUGAAUAUUUCUCAAGGGCAUCCUCAGCUCAUGCGUGUGCAGCCGCAUACUGAUAACGUGAGCCGUUCUCAAGGGCAUGCUCAACAUGUGCAAAUGCAACUGCCUACCGACAAUAUGAGACGUUCCGAAGGGCAUCCUCAGCCCAUACAAAUGCAAUCGCCUAGUGCAAAUGUGGACCAUUUUGUUGAUGACAGUCGGCACAUGCAAAUGCAACCACCUACUGAGACUCUGAAUCGUUCUAAUUGCCAGCCCCAGUCUCUGCAAAUGCAGCUGACAUGUGCUGAGAGGCAGUCAAAUCUUCAGAGGAAUAAAUCAAAUCAGGGCAACAAGAGCGUGGCGAGUUCUUCAGGCACUCCCUCUCAGACUCUAGUUCUUUCAUACAGGGAUUCUUUGUGCUUGGAAGAUGAUACUAAUUUAUGUGAAACAUCUAGAUACACGCUUGGGUGGAACACCCGUCUAAAUCCAGCGCAGAAGAAGAAAGUUGACCAGAAGGUCGAACAUAUCCCAUCUGACAAUCCAACCUUUGUGGCCAUGAUGAGCAAGUGCAAUGUUACAGGAACUUUCACCCUAAGUGUGCCCAAACAAUAUGUCAAGCGACAUGUGGGAGAUACGGAGCGCAACAUAUGUCUUCAGUGCCUUGGCAAGAGGUGGGAAGUGCAAUUUGGUGGUAGGCCUGAAGAGAAAAGGAUUAUAUCUGGCUGGCGGAGGUUUGUAAAGGACAAUGAUGUUGAGAUGGGUGAUAUCUGCAUUUUUGAAUUGUUGAAGAAAUGUAAGACGUGCACGAUGGAAGUCCAUAUCAUCCAUACAAAGGAUAUUGAUACGCCUUCCAAAAUUUGUCAGCAAAGGCACAGAGAGGUUGUUAAAAUUAUGGAACAUUCUCAUUCUCUCCCCCAGCUUAAGGAAAUGCAACUGCGUAACGAAACAGUGGAAGAUGCUAUCGUUCAUCCCGAACCCAAGCAAAUACAGCCACCUUCGUUGGAAAGACGGAUACGACUUCAAAGGGACAAGUCUAGUCAGGGCAGCAAGAGAGAUUCCUUGUCAUCGGAAGAUACUGAUCAUGAAGAAGGUGCUUUGCCUGAUUGCAUCCUUGCACGUUUUACGCGCCUUACUACAGAUCAGAAGAAGGCAGUGAAGGAGAAGGUUCAAUUUACUGAUUCUGAAACUCCCAUCUUUGUUGCCAUGAUGCAACAAACCAAUGUUACUGGAAGAUACACUCUAAGCCUCUCAAAGAAAUAUAUUAACAAAUAUUUGGGAGACGAGGUGCGGAGCAUCUGCCUUGAGCGACUUGGCGAGAGGUGUCAAGUAUGGUUUGGACGCAGGCCUCAGGAUAAAAGGAUUAUAGGCGGAUGGACAAAGUUCGUGAAAGCCAAUGAGGUGGAGGUGGGAGAUAUCUGCCUCUUCGAGCUGCUGAAGCAUCGGAAAUUGUGUGCCAUGAAAGUUCAUAUCAUCCGCGCAAAGGACUUCAGUUGA